CGUUUGGGCGUUUUCUCAACGACACGCCCACAACAUGAGGAAAUGGUUUCUCACAGAGAUCAUAGAUCAGAUAUUGACAUUGACACAAAAAGACAAGAUGUCCCUCACAGUGAAAAACAUUUCUGUUAUUUAUAAUCCCAUCAAUCCGAACAAUACUUUCACCAGCGGGGACUUUAUAUCGGGACAAGUGCUUCUGGAUGUAGUAAAGGACACGCAAAUGCAGUCGCUGAGUGUGAAAAUUAAAGGUAAAGCACAGGUGUGCUGGAGCGAGCAUUACGGGAAAACCACUGUUGUUUACUCGGAUAAAGAGAAGUAUUAUUCCAUGGAGAUGUUUUUCGUUCGGGAAGACAAAACACACGGUAAUGACCUUGAUAUGCUGAAAGAUCCAUCAGGACAGCCAUAUUCUUCAGUUGUGGCACCGGGACAUCAUGUUUACCCAUUCACCUUUCAGUUGCCAAAAGAUCACUUCCCACCAUCCUUCAAAAGUGCAAUUGGAAAAAUUGCCUACACUUUGGAGACAAAAUUAUCCCGAUCAAUGCGUGUUUCUAGCAAAGCCAAAGCAGAGUUUCACUAUGCCCCCAGUCAUGUUGAGUCCAAUCCUGAACUAAUGGCGCCUCAGUAUGGAAGCAUAGAGAAAAAAAUGAAACUCCUCACCUCUGGGAAUGUCUCCAUGGACAUAAGCACUGAGAAAAUGGGAUACUGCCUAGGAGAGGGCUUGAAAGUUUUGGCUGAAGUUCAGAACAAUUCAUCCCGUGCAAUCAAGCCAAAAUACUGCCUGUAUGAAAAGCACAGUUUUAUGGCAAAAGGAAAGAGAAAACUUCACAAACAUGAACUUUUUAAAGAGGAAGGUGAUUCCAUUGAGCCGAAAUCAAAGAACACUGUCACCAAAGUGCUGUCCAUCCCUCCCGACCUGACCAUCUCUAUCCUAAACUCUAAGGUUAUCAAGGUUGAGUACAGACUCAGGGUCUACCUGGAUGUGCCAUAUGCCUCAGACCCGGAGAUCAAACUCCCUGUAGUGAUUCUUCCUCUUCAGUCUGUAUCGGGUGCAAAAAGUGAUACAAAAAGUGAUUUUGGAAUCUGGAAUCACCCACCAGGAGGCAAUGUGAACCCCAGCCUACCUUCUAUGCCGCCACCUUGUCAGUUUGGUGCCUCUAGCUACUACGAACCUCCUCUGAACCCCUUUCCUGCUCCUGGUUUCCCUGGACCGCUGGCUCAGUUUGCUCCCCCUAGUUACGUUGGACCUCCUGGUCAGUUUGGUCCUUCAGUUUCUCAUCAGUCUGACUCAUCAGCUCCACCUUCAUAUCAGGAAUAUCAAUUAUAUCCUCAGUUGCCAGACCACUCUAAAAAAUCUUGACAAAAUGAUUUUAAAAUCACCUUCUAGUUUAUUUUAUAGUUAUUGCUUUACCUAGAUUGCUAGAAUGAUUCAUAUUAAUAUGUAGCCUUUUAUACUGUAAUUUUAGUGUGUGAUCUUUUACACACAAUCAUAUGUUUUCAUGUUUUUUUGGUUUUGUUUUGAACACACUGUGACUCUGUACUGUGAUUAUGAUUCUGUUUUUAUAUAUGAAUGAAAUAUAAAACUGAUUUUACUCACAUUUUAUGGGAACAAUCUUCUAAAUAAAUGAAAAAACAGUAGUUUAAGCAGUGCAUUAUUAGUUAAAAAUUAUAUAUUGAUGUUAGUUUGCAGUAAAAGAGUAGUCUUUAAUGCUGCUCUUUAAAGCUACACUGUAACAUUAGCCCGUCUAAAUAAUCUGUAAGCGUUUUGCGGAAAAACUGUGUUUUGGUUGUGCUUCAGCUCUGCGAGGAUGAAAUGUGGUUCACAGCAUCUGAAAUCUGAAAAAGAUAAUCUGAGCCGGAGUCAUAUUUUAUGUUGUUGUUUUGACUUCACUGGAAACAUUGAUAUUUUUAAAUAAAUGACGUGUUGAGUUUGA